GUGAUGUCAUAAGGCUGCGCCGCGCUCCAGCGUCUGGUAUUUGGCUGAACAACGAAGUAAAACCCAACUAAGAUGGCGUUUAUUAAACCAGAGAGUGAAGACCUGAAGAUUGAUGAAACAUUCAGAGUCAAACCUGAAGAUGCUGAGGAACAAACCGAUCUAACGGCACUGAAAGAGGAAAAAGUAGUAGUUAACGAAAACGAAGAGGAAGAUCAAUAUGAGAAUCUUCAUGGUUUCCUAACUGGAGAAAAACCUUGCUCUCCGACUGAAAAGACGUCCACACGAGAAAGAGCUCAAGAGACAAAAAAUAGUUUUACUCGCUUUCAGUUUGAAAAGAGUUUCAAUCAACAAAACUCUAGAGACCACAUGCAGAUUCACUCUGGAAAGAAGACCUUCACCUGCGAACAGUGUGGGAAAAGCUUCAGUCAAAAAGGAAAUUUUAACAAGCACAUGAGAGUUCACACCGGAGAGAAACCUUACUCGUGCCCUCAGUGCGGACACCGUUUUGCUCAAAAAGUGCACCUUACUGCUCACACGAGACUUCACACCGGAGAGAACCUUUACACGUGCCCUCAGUGCGGAAAGAGUUACGCUCAACAAGGAAACCUUAAAGUCCACAUGAGAAUUCACACGGGAGAGAGCCCUUUUCCCUGCCAACACUGUGACAAAAGUUUCACUCGUAAAGAAAGUCUUGAGAGGCACCUAAGAAUUCACACUGGAGAAAAACCCUUCGUAUGCCCUCAGUGUGGAAAAGGUUUCACGCUAAAAGAGAACUUUAGCAGGCACUUGAGAACUCACACCGGAGAGAAGCCCUACACGUGCCAACACUGCGGAGAGAGUUUUUCUCAACCAGGAAACCUUAAUAUUCACACGAGAACUCACACCGGAGAGAAUCCGUACAUAUGUUCUCAGUGUGGAAAAGGUUUCCGUCAACACGGAAACCUGAUGGUCCACAUGAAAAUACACAACGGUGAGAAACCCUUUUCCUGCCAGCUCUGUGGAAAACGCUUUACUCGUAAAGUGUGUCUUAAAAGGCACAUGAGAAUUCACGCCGGCGAAAAGCCUUACACGUGCCCUCAGUGUGGAAAAAGUUUCAGUCAGCAUGGAAACCUAACGGUCCACAUGAGAAUACACAACGGAGAGAGCCCCUUAGUGUGCCAGCGCUGUGGACAAAGUUUCAAUCAUAAAAUAAGCCUUAACAGGCACAUGAGGACUCAUACUUUAGAAAAGCCUUAAAAGUGUGGAGUUUUGCUCUGCUUGGAAACCUUGAAGUCCACAUGAGAAUUGACGUCGGAGAAAACCCUUUCACCUGCCAACGUUGUAAAAGGGCACCUGAAGUAACGCAUGACAAUUCUCUCUUUUUCAAUGUCAUCAGUGUGGAUUUUUUCAAUGUUGGAAACUCCAUAUGGUAACAGAAUAAGCACACUGGUGUCUUUUGUAGAACUUUUAUUUAUUUAUUUUUGAUAAACAUUGAAUGUCUUGGUUAUGUAUGUAACCCUUGUUCUCUGAAGAAGUGAACGGAGAUUCAACGUCGGAUGGGCGACGAAUUGGGAUCUCGCUUCGAGAGACCAAUUUGUUGGUCAUCCAACGUGACUCGGAGCGACCGACUGAAAGGGAACGUCUCUGUUACAUAUGUAACCCUCGUUCCCUAAAGAAGGGAACAGAGACGUCACAUUGGAUGACCGACGAAUUGGUUUCUUGAAGUGAGAUCCCAAUUUGUCGGCCAUCCAACGUGACUCGGAGUGACCGACUGAAAAGGAACAAUAUACCAUCCAUGUUUCAUACCAUGUAUUGUUAUCAGUGUUGGACAAGUUACCCUGAAAAUAUAAUUAAAUUAUUGAUUACUCCU